GGGCCCAGAGCUGGCGAAGGCUGGCGCGUCUGCCAGCCCCCAGCACUGGCCCCAAGGCCAGCCCUCCGCUGUGCUCGGUCCCGCUGUCCCCCGCUGCACAGCACAGGGAGCGUCACCAUCCCCAGGCACAGGCAGCCGGAAGCCUGCCAGCUGGCAUGCAGGGCCAGGAGGCGCCAGCGUCCCUUGCAGGGCUGGGCUGCGGCCCUCCCCAUCGGCCUGGUCACCCACGGGCGGGCAGCUCUCCCCGUGGCCAAACCUAACAGCCGGGCUUGGGUCUCAGCUGCGUGCCCGCAGCAAGACCACGGACGCAUGGUGACAGCAGGCGGUUUUGCCUGGCGUGGGACCCCCCAGUUUUCACUUCGAAGGUCUAGGACGACCGGGUUCCGGAACUGGCGAGCCAUGCGGGACACACGCAGGUACCGCCACCACUACCCGGAUCUGAUCGAGCGGGACAGCAACGGCGACAUGCCAAACCUGAGCUUCUACAGGAACGAGAUCCCGUUCCUGCCCAAUGGCUGUCUCAUUGACACCAUCCUUCAGGACUGGAAGGGCAACUAUGACGUCCUGGAGGACAACCACUCCUACAUCCAGUGGCUGUUCCCUCUGCGGGAGCCGGGGGUGAACUGGCACGCCAAGCCCCUCACGCUGCGGGAGAUCCAGGAGUUUAAAAGCUCCCAGGAGGCCCGGGAGCGGUUCGUGCAGGCCUACGAGCUCAUGCUGGGCUUCUACGGGAUCGAGCUGGAGGACCGCGACACCGGCCGGGUGCGCCGCGCACCCAACUACCAGAAGUGCUUCCGGAACCUCAACUGGCACAGCCACAACAACCUGCGCAUCACGCGCAUCCUCAAGUCGCUGGGCGAGCUGGGCCUGGAGCGCUACCAGGCGCCGCUAGUGCGCUUCUUCCUGGAGGAGACGCUGGUGCGCGGGCAGCUGCCGGGCGUGCGGCAGAGUGCGCUGGACUACUUUGUCUUCACUGUGCGCUGCCCGCGCCAGCGGCGCGCGCUGCUGCGCUUUGCCUGGGAGCACUUCCGGCCGCGGCGCAAGUUCGUCUGGGCGCCGCACGACAAGCUGCGGAGGCUCAGGCUGCGCUCCCCUCCGCGGCCACCCUCGCCAGCGGCCCCCAGCGACGCCGACGCGGAGGACAGCCCCCGGGAUGCCCGCCUCGUGGCCGGCGCCUCUGGACCCGGGAGGGGCGAGGGUGGGGAGAGUGUGGCUGUCGGCCCCCCGCCGCCAAGCGCUGAGCCCCAGGAGGAGGAGGAGGCCCAGGAGCGGGACCAGGGAGAGGAGGCCCGGAGCCCCGGGGAGGAGGGACCCGAGCCUUCCAGCCCCAAGGAGAGCAAGAAGAGGAAGCUGGAGGCAAAGCGGCGGGAGCAGGCCCCUGGGGACGCAGGCCCCCAGAGCACCUCUGAGGUGGAGACGAUCGCCCAGAACCUGGAGGGCUGUGCCCUCAGCCAGGGCAGCCUGGGCGCGGGGGCCCUGGGGGUGGGCAGCCAGGAGCCCGAUGGGGACGAGCGGUCCCUUCCCCCACCCCCGGGGGCCAAGGCGUCCGACGACGAGGUGAGGAAGCGGAGGAAGGUGGACCAGACGCUGGCCCCUACCUGGCCCCCGGGUGGGCCAGGGCGCCCCGAGGCCACCGUGGGCGAGAAUGGGGUGGAGGAGGCGGAGGGCGAGGGCGCGCUGGAGCGGGGCGCCCCCCAAAGCCCCCCUGAGCAGGGUGCCCCACGGAGCCCGGCCCCAGAAGAGCCUGCCUUGGACCCGAAGGCAGAGCCCGUGGAGGCGGGGCUGGCAGCUGAGCCCCAACCGCCUUAGGCAGUGGGACCCCAGCGGGCGUCCCGCCAGGCCCUGCACGGGGGGAACCACGUGGCCCGGGGCCUCCGCAGCCGCGGGAAGCACAGGACUCCAGGACCUUCACCUCACCUGCUCUGCUGCCUCUCUCCUUGGGGCACGGGCCCCUCCUUGUAAAUUGACCCUUAAGUGUCUGGGGGUGGGAGUGGGGCUCGUUUUCUAAGUCUGGUGCCCAGGCCUUUUCUGAAUA